AAAUUUCAGAAAUUGGUGCUUGAUUAUUUUUGUUUUAUGUACGUCUUGGAAAAAAUUUGAAAAGGAAUGGAAUUGAUGGAUAAUUCAGCAGAAUUGUCUAGGCGGUGACGAUCGCUCGCGAAGUUCUUAACAUGGGGGGGUUUAAAAUAAAAUUACAUAACAAUUAUUUUUGACUUAAGACACAACUAUAACACGCUGAGCCGCAAAUUUAAUUAAUUCAACUGAGAAAUAUCAACUAUACUACGUCAGCAUUUGUACUGCAUAACAAAGCCGGAUAAAGAAACUUUGGAACGAAGCAUUUGCCAACCAAACACACGGUAGUGAACGCUUGGUGCUUCGCAAAAGUGGAAGAAUACAAUAUAAACAACACCCAUCCAAAGGCUCACAAAGUGAAAAUUUGAAAUGUCUUCCAUGAGUCACCGGCAGCAACGUGAUGUUGGAUAUGAUCACGAUACGCGGAGGGAAGAUCGAAAAAGACGUAGCCGCUCCAGUAGUCGUUCGCGUCAUCGUCGCUACCAUGACAGCCAUUCAUACAGUCGCAGUCGUAGUCGAUCCAUAGACUAUCGAAAGCGUCGAAACAACAGACGUUCCCGUAGUAGGAGCUAUAGUCGACGUGAUAGACACAACUCUAGCCGGCGACAUAGAGAUUCUCGUAGUCGAAGCCGUUCUAAUACACGUUCACACCGUAGUAGCAAAAGAGACUCACGCAGCCCAGAAAAGCGUUCACGUAAUAUUAUUGAUGCUGAUCGAAGACAAUAUGAUAACGUAACUAAGAGUUCUACAAAUAAUUCAAUGGCAAGCAACCGUUCUAAAGCAGGAGAUUUUGAUCUGCAAAAUACGACGGACUUGCAACAUUUACCCUUACCCAAGCGUGAGCCCAUUGGAGCAUACUACAAUCUCGAUACAGAUGAACCAAUCGAUAAAGAGCGCAUACACCGUGAAAUGGAAGAGAAAUUGCGUCAAGCACUUGCCAAAGAAGGUAAGGUGUAUCCACCAAAAAAGCCCGAGGCUUCACAUCCAGUAUUUGCAAAUGAUGGUUCGUUCUUGGAGAUUUUCAAAAAAAUGCAAGCCCAACAACAACAUCCACAUGUGCCAGUUGUCACUGCGCCUGCCAUUGUUGCCCCUAUCGUGGCAGCUCCUGUAUUAGCGUCCUCCUCAAGUGCAGCAACAUAUGUAGCAGCCACAACAACUAGCAAAGUUGCACCACCACCGCCGCUAGUUGGACGCCGGCGAGGUGGAAAAAUUCUCAAAACCGGUGUAGUGGCCAAGCCGAAAGCUCAAGCUGAACAAAGUGAUGAUCCGAAAGACUUUUGGUCGCUUUACUUGGCCGAGGUUAACAAAUACAAAAAUCACGCUUGCGAUUCCGACGGCGGUACAAGGCCACUGGUUAAGUGAACCUAAAUAGGUGUUGAAUAGAACUUGAGUGAAAAUUGUGCAUAUAAACAAUGAAUACUUCGAGUUUUUCCCAAUGUGACAUGAAUUCUGUGCAUAAACAUAAUAUACCAAUAUACAUAUAUUCUAUAUAUAUAAAUGAUAGGAGUUUAUUUAAAUUGAAUUACGAAUCAAUUCCACUUCUUCAAAUUUUCUGUGAAUAAUUUUCAUUUUAAAGCUAAAAGUAGUUUUAAGUUUUUUUUUUUUAAUAAUAGGCUAAGUGGGUAUUAUAAUGAAGUAAUAGAAAGAAAUAACUGAAUGCGUACUCGUAUCAGUAACUUUAAAUUUUUUACAAGCGUUUGUAAAGCAUUUAUUUAUUGCUAUCUGUUACGUCAUAUAUGUGUAAACAAUUUACAUAUAUAUUUCAAUUGUUAUUUUAUGAGUUCGUCUAAGUUUCGUAACUUUGUUUGCUUAUUUGUUCAGCUUUAUAUCCUCAUAUCGUUUAUUCAAUUUUCAUUUAAUUUCUUUUACCUUUAACUAACAUUCACGCAUUAUUCUCGUCAUUUUUUCGUUUGCAAAAAUUAAAAUCCAAUAAAUGUAUACAUAUACGAAUAUUACAUAACGUGAGGUGAUUGAUUGAAGAGCAACAAGAAAAUUUGCCAAUGUCGAAAAAAGAUCAAAAGAAAGCAAAAGAACCAGAAUAUAAGUUGGAAACUGUUCCGAUGGAUCCACGUUUUCCCAAUUCGAAUGUGACGCGACAUUGCUGGUUUUCUUAUGUGGAAUUCCAUCGCUGUCAGAAGAGUCGUGGUGAAGGGCAUGAAUCAUGCGCAUAUUUUCAAAAAGUUUUCAAAACAAUGUGUCCGAAUGCUUGGGUGGAAAAGUGGAAUGAACAACUGGAAGCCGGUGUCUUUCCAGGCCGAAUUUAAAUUUUUGCCUUUAUUAUAUGCUGUAAAUUUUUGUUAAAUGACAUAAUCCACGCUACUAGCUAAACUGUUAAACGCUUUAAAACACACAAACACCAAUACCUACAGCUACAUAAAAGCAUAUUGACAAUGAAAAUCCACUUUUUCACCUAUUUAAUAUAAAUUUCUUAAAUAAAAUUGUUUUUUAGUGUAGAAAAGUACUAAAUUUUUUUCGGUACAAUUCCUGCACAAGUUGAUAAAAAUAUGUCUUGCAUUUAUAAUGAACUACAAAAGUGGCCACUUCGAAUAUAAUAUGCGCAAGAAAUAUGUACAGUUUCGCUGGAAGUGUUUACAUGGAAUUCAUAGAAGUAAACUGGUUUUUUUUUUAACAAAUUUUUUAUAUAAUUUUUUUUUUAAAUUUCUUGUUUUAAUUGUUUUUUUUUUAAAUUAUUAGAAUUUAAUUUUUUUUUUUAAUUAUUAGAAUUUUAAUUUUUUUUUUUAAAUUAUUAUUAUUAUUAUUAUUUUUUUUUUAUAUAUAUAAAUAUAACCAGUUUUUUCGCUUUUAUAACAACAUGCUGAUUAAAUUAUUAUCCUAUUUUUUUUUUACGUAACGCUAUCACUACUUAUGUGUAUUAUUCGCUAAGAAAUACAUAUUGAUUUGAUCUAUUUGAAAUAAAAUAUAGACAUUGAUAUAUGUACAUAUAUGUAUGUACUGAUUGUAAACGAAAUUAAUGACAUUCAUAACAUAUAGUGACUAACAUAACCAUUUCUUUUAUAUGUCUUUGUAUACCGUGUAUUUUUCAUAUAACAAUCAUCAAAUAUUGCUCGUACGCUCGCUUGCUCCUUGGCUUUGCCUUUUUCUUCUUGUUGCGAUUUAUUAAUUGCAGUAAUUUAUAAUAAACAUUUCCCAUGUCUAAAAAAGGCAAAGAAAAAACCAUGACGUACAAAUUGGAAACUGCGCCCUUCGAUCCACGCUUCCCCAACCAGAACGUGACUCGCUAUUGUUAUCAAUCAUACAUUGACUACCAUCGCUGCCAGAAGGUGCGCGGAGAAAGCUACGAGCCAUGCAACUAUUUCAAGAAAGUAUUCUCAUCGAUGUGCCCCAAUGCAUGGGUGGAAAGAUGGAAUGAUCAACGCGAUGCCGGUACUUUCCCUGGCAGAAUCUAAAUAGGCAUUUUUCUGUGUGUGGCAGUAAACAACAAACCCACAUCCUUGCCUUUGCGCUGAAGGGAGAAAUUCUAGCAACACUACCAACUAAAACAUAAUACACUCCCACAUCUAUAUAAUUAUGUAUUAUUUACGUAGAAAGUUGUUUCAAUAUGCGAAGCAGAUACAGGCUAUUCGGCAGUAAAAAUUCUAAUUGAAACUGAAAGAGUUAUGUAAUGAUAAAUAAAUAAAUAGAUAAAAUGAAAAA